GUUUGUUCUCUGUAGGAUUUCCUUUCUCAGUCUUCUUGAAUUUCCAGUGACACUUAUAUGGUCGAAAGAAAAGACGCUGCUCUGCAGCAGUCUGGUCAUAUUCACUAGAAUUACUGAAUAGUUUAAUUUGUUCCUUAGUUCGAUACUCAAUAUUUCGUUAAUGAACGUACGUAUUCAUUUGAACUUGCAGAUUCAAUAGUCGUCCACUAUGGCUCGAGGUCAGCAAAAACUACAAUCUCAGCAAAAAGCCGCUGAAAAAGCAGCAAAGUCCAAAAAACAACAGGGUCAUAGUGCUAAUGAACAGAAAAAAGCAGCUCAAAAGGCAUUGGUUCAUGUCUGUGCUGUUUGCAAGGCACAAAUGCCUGAUCCAAAAACCUAUAAGCAGCAUUUUGAGAACAAACAUCCGAAGAAUGAUAUGCCUCCAGAGCUGAAAGACAUAUGAUCAUCUUAGUGUAUCCAACCUUUCUGAUAUGGUUGGAUAUGUCAUAAUGUUAUUUCUUGUUGCGUUUAUCAUUUUCACUGUUUAUACUGAAAAUGGAUGUACACUUAAUUGUUUAGAUUAGUGAUGUAUAUCUAUGAUUUAUCUUUGGGAUAAGAUUGCUCAUUCUCAAAGAAAAUAAAUGGCAAGUUCUUUUAUUGUUCGAAUUAUUAUUACAUUUUUGGACAGAGGAUGGAAAUAUCAUUUUUUUACCAUAUGUAACUAUAACUUUGAAAAUAAAGCUGCAUUCCACCAAAAA